AUUCCAUUACCAACAACACAUGUGUCGUGUUGACUUCAAGCUUCAUCAUCAUCAAUUCAGAUCGCGGCCGCUCUAUCUCACUUUCUCACUCUCGGCUUGUUACUAGACAGAGGGAGACAGGCCAGCAAAGGAAAGAAGAAACUAGAGAGCUGAGCCGGAUGAGCAAUGAGCCAUUUCCGUCAAGUCCUUGAAGGAAGAAGCUGAUAUCCGGGAGCUUUUUGUGGGGAUUGGACGGAAAGGGCAAAUUAGGGGCGGGACAAUAUGAUGGGUCGCAAUGGAUUGUCGAGGGCUGGAGGUUUCAGGCCUGAGAAUCUAGGGCAGAAUGCGCUAGCUUUGAUUGGCAAUGUCUGCUUCACUUUCUUUGUGUUGAUGGUCUUGAUCUUCACCAUCAUUGCUGCAACCUAUGAACCAGAGGACCCUCUGUUUGAUCCAUCUACAAAGAUGUCAAAUUUCCUCACUUCUCAAUCUAAUGCCACAUUUAAGCCUGAUUCCUCGGUGGUGAAGACAGGGGAGGACUUCAUGCUGCCAAACCAGACAGCUUUCAACACGUUUAUAAACAUUAGCGAUGUUGUGAUCCCGACAAUUGUUGAGGAAGGUGUUGGCAAUGGUAAUGGUGCUGAUGGCGAGGCGGAAGAAAAGAGUGAGCGGUGCGAUGGCCCUGUAGACUGCAGGGAUCCUGAGGUCUUCCAUUUGCUCAUGAAGAAGGCAAUAGAGCAGUUUAAAGAUAUACAUUUCUACAGGUUUGGGAAACCGGUUCGUGGCUCGAAUGAUACCACCUGUGACAUGGCGUGGAGGUUCAGGCCCAAGGAAGGGAAGUCGGCUUCGUUUUAUAAAGAUUACAGGAGAUUCACCAUUGCCAGAUCUGAGAAUUGCACCUUUAGCGUGGCGGGGAUUGGGGAUUACCAUACUGGUGUCAAUGCUAGGAAGAGGAAGAACAAGCAUCAGAAACCCGGGUUCGAGAAGAAGUCUACGAAAGAAGACUCGACAUUGUUGCCUGUGGUGGGUGAGACGGUGAACGAUGAUCUUCCGGUAGUUGAAUCCGAGAGAUCAUUCAGUCAGGGUAGGUACUUGAUCUACAAUGGCGGGGGUGAUAGAUGCAAGAACAUGAAUCAUUACUUAUGGAGCUUCUUGUGUGCAUUGGGUGAAGCUCAGUACUUGAAUCGAACUCUCGUUAUGGAUUUAACCAUCUGCUUGAAUUCCAUCUACACUUCCUCGAAUCAGGAUGAGGAAGGGAAGGAUUUCAGAUUCUACUUCGAUUUCGAGCACCUAACCGAAGCUUCAUCGGUUCUGGACCAGGCUCAGUUUUGGGAGGACUGGGGGAAGUGGCACAAGAAGGAUCGGUUAGGUCUCUAUCUCGUGGAGGACCAUAAAGUCACACCUAUGAAGCUUGCAGAGGUAUCAGAUUCUGUCAUCAUGAGGAAGUUUGGAUCGGUUGAACCAGAUAACUACUGGUACAGAGUCUGCGAGGGAGAAACCGAGUCGGUCAUCCAACGUCCAUGGCAUUUGUUAUGGAAAUCAAGAAGGUUAAUGGACAUAGUAUCAGCAAUAUCCUCCAAAUUGAACUGGGAUUACGACUCAGUCCACAUCGAACGGGGCGAGAAAGCGAGGAACAAAAACCUAUGGCCGAAUCUUGAUGCAGACACUUCCCCUGAUGCCCUUCUGUCGACCCUGGGCAAUAAAAUCGAGGAAGGAAGGCAAGUUUACAUUGCUACAAACGAACCAGAAACUUCCUUCUUCGACCCGUUAAAAGACAAGUACUCAACUCAUUUCCUCGACGAGUACAAAGACCUCUGGGACGAGAACAGCGAGUGGUACUCCGAGACCACGAAGCUCAACCGAGGUGUUCCGGUGGAAUUCGACGGCUACAUGAGGGGUUCGGUCGACACGGAAGUGUUCUUGAGAGGGAAGAAGCAGAUUGAGACAUUCAAUGAUCUCACAAAUGACUGCAAAGAUGGUGUUAACACCUGCAAUGCCGCUGCCAGUUGAGGUUGUUUGAUCUGUUUGUUUUACUCCCUCCUGCUCUCUGUUGUUUGUUGUUUCGAGGAAUCGUUGAUUAGUUUGUGUUAAGUAGCAGCAUUUCGGUUGUUAACUUAUUAGCUUUUUAGAACUGUAUGAAGCUUAGCUAGCUGCAUUCAGUGUUUUGUUUCUGUGGGUUCUUAUUGCUUUUUUUCUUUCAUUCCUUUUGUCAAGUAGGCCGAGAAUGUGUUAGUACUACUACUGCUACAUAGCUUAAACUCUGGUUUCCAGGUUCUUCCUUCACUUGAGCUCAGUUUUGGCUUGUGCAGCAAAAGGCUUUUCACUCAACUUUUCAAUUGUAAUUGUUGUAAAAUGUCUAAGAAUACAUAGUUAGAGAGGAAUUUAGCCUAGGAGGUUGGACAAGUAACAAUUUUCAAGUGUCGUCAAUGGGCAAUAACAUGUGUGUAAUAGGU